AUGAACGACACUUACUCGAACUACUCCCUCUUCGAACAAACUUAUUCAAACGUCUCCAAGCCCUCCAACAACACUUUGAAAAAACAAAUGAUUGCCCAAAUUUUCUUCAUGAUUGUUCACCAAUCCGUCAUCAUGGCCGUUUCUUUGUUGGGAAAUCUGUUCCUUCUUUUUGUGAUUUUCCGAGGAAACCGUGUGAUGAAACGACGUGUGUCCCCGGUUCAGCUUUUGAUACUCCAUACGUGCGUCGCCGAUCUUCUCUUCGUUUUUCUCUCACUAGGCACGGAAAUUCUGACGUUGAUGGCUUUCCCAAAUUAUUACGGCUCAAAUUUUACCUGCAAAUUCAUGAGAUAUGUUCAAAUGUUUCCGAUGUACGCGAGCCCGUUUCUUCUAGUUGCAAUCAGUGCUGAUCGUUAUCAGGCAAUAUGCCGACCACUGGCUCACUUCCGCUCAUCUCGAUAUCGUCGUCCAAAUUGGAUGGCCGCCAUCGCCUGGGGCCUUGCACUGCUCCUCUCAGUUCCGCAAUUUUUUGUCUGGACGAAAAAUGGUAAAACCGGAAGAUGUUCAACAGUUUACGGGGUUAAUCGAAAUAUCAUCAAGAGCGUCUACGUGAUUAUGUUCAACACCUUGGCCUGGCUUCUUCCAUCGAUUUUCGCCGCAUUUUUCUACUAUUGUGUGUGCAAAGCUGUCCGUUUAUCAUCCAACAAGUCCGUUCGAGCCAUGGAUAGUCAAAAGAAAAAUGGAAAACAGUCUACCGAAGCCACCGAAAACUACAUUGAAGAGCUCAGGAAGAAAUCUAAGGGCUUCCGACAACAAAUGUCCGAGUUUGACAGAAAGCGUGUUCAAACUGUCCGCCUCACAAUCACCAUCGUUGCUUGCAACUUCUUUCUCUGGAUGCCUUUCUGUAUAAUUAACGUUAUUCAAGCUUUGUGGCCGGAUGUUUUGAGUCCCGCUUUCAUCAACAAUGUGUCAGUUCUAGGCAACUUGAAUUCUUGCCUAAACCCGUGGAUUUACAUCCUUUUCAACCGAUCUCAUGUUAAGAAAGCUCUGUGUCAGUCAAGAGGAACUUCAGAGCCUACCACUAAACGAAGUCUUGUGAAUUUUGAUACUUCAACAGCCACCAACAAUAACAACAACAACCACAACAGUACCCAAAGCAACAGUCUCAACCAUCAUUGCAACCAUCGUUCCAACUUUAAGUACAAGAGAGUGCACCAGAGGUCCCACUCCACCGAUUGCACUUCGUUCCGAUAA